AAUUUCUUUUAAUUUAAAAGUGCGGAAAAAGUAGUUUUCUUUGUAACUUCGUUUACAUUGCUAAUUGUACUCAUAUGUGGUACAAAAUUAUGUAUAUAUAACUUUUGCGUUUUUAGUAUAAACAGUUUUAAUAUAUAUAUUCCUUAUGGCAGGAAGAGGUGGAGCUCGUAAGAAAACUGCCGCGAAAGGAUAUCAGUUGCCUGAGCCUAUACCAGAAGGAUAUGAAAUAUCUGAUACCACUAAAAAGAGCUGGCUUAUUGGCACACAAAUUGGAUCUGGUGGUUUUGGGACUGUAUACUUUGCCUCAUCUAAAGAAAAGCCCAAGGAAUUGAAUUAUGUUAUUAAAGUAGUGAGUAUUAGUUCAAAACAUUCUUUUUCGUCAUUUGUAUUAUGUGGUUGUUUAUGUUGUUUUCAAAAGGCUAGAGCCUGAUGCUAUCUCACUACCCUUAACUUUAU